AAUGUUUUCACCCUGGUGCCUUGCCAAGAGUGUCAUACAGGCUCACUGCCUUCGCUAAAAACUCGUCUGACUUGAUAAAUCAAAACCUGAUUUUUCGAUAUAUAUAAAAAGCACAAACAACAGACGAACACUAGUUGUAAUCCCCACCAUCACCAUGCUGCGUCUGUUGUGUAUCGCCCUAUCUCUUUCCUUAUAUCUUCAGCUCGCUGUCGCAGAUGCCUCAACAGUCUUACGAGUUCCACGCCACUUCAAGUCAUCGUCACUAGUACUGACCAAGUCUGUACUAUCAGCCCUCUUGGUUCGGCAAGGAAAGUUCGCUGCUCGACAAGGAUGUCCUGGCGGAUAUCAGCAAUGUACCAACUAUCCCGAUGCAUGUGCCCCAAUUGGCAACUUUUGUUGCAACGACUCGUAUAACUGUCCAGAUGGUACCACCUGCUUCGAUUCCGAAUGUUGUCCUAGUACCGCGCAAACGUGUAAUGGAACUACCUGCUGCAACCCUGGUAGCGAAUGCUGCACCGACGACAGUUGCUGUGAAUCCGGCUACUCCUGCUGUAAUGACUUGACCGGGGGAUGCUGCCCUACUGGAACUACAUGCAUCGCAAACUCUGACCAAUCACAACAACUGGGUCUUCGACAACUUCUUCCCUCACUUCUUCGACAGUUUCGUCCGCAUCGUCUACUACCACUAGCUCGCCGGUAAUUGGUGCUGCUCCUCGCAGUAUCGCACUUGCAUCUGGAAAACAACUCGUGGCCUUGGCUGCAGUUGUUGGUCUUCCGAUUCUCCAUAAUGUCGUCCAGGCAUUGUGAAUACGCAAUAACGCUUCUCUUGUUAUGAUCA